AUGUCCCCUGAACAAACACACCCUCCAGCGUCCACCCCUUGUGUCCCCACAUCUGCGUCUGGCCGAUCCCCCUCUGCUGCUGCUAUCAUCACCAGAAAUAAACACACUCUGCGGGUACUUACAAUUUCAUCAGAAAUCCCUAAAAGAAUUCAAAGUGCUUUAAAAGAUGCAGAGGAAUCCCAACAACUCCUUAAUCAGUUUCUGGAGCAGGAAAUUCCUCUCUUCAGCUCCAUCACUAGCCAUUUGCUGACUGCACAGCCCUGGAUGGAUGAUCUUGGGGCCAUGAUCAACCAGAUAGAAGAGAUUGAGCAGCAUCUCACAUACCUUAAAUGGGUUUCACAGAUCGAAGAGCUAAGUGAUAACAUUCAGCAAUACCUGAUGACCAAUAAUGUGCCAGAGGCUGCCUCUAUCCUGGUGACCAUGACAGAACUUGACAUCAAGCUUCAGGAGUCAUCUUGUACUCAUCUUCUUAGUUUCAUGAGAGCCACAGUUAAAUUCUGGCAUAAAAUUCUCAAGGACAAGCUUACAAGUGAUUUUGAGGAAAUUUUAGCACAGCUUCAUUGGCCAUUCAUCACACACACCCAGUCUCAAACUGUUGGCAUAAGCCGGCCUGCUAGUGCCCCUGAGGUGUAUGUUACUCUGGAGACAUUGUUUUGUCAGCUGUUGAAACUACAAGCCUCAGAUGAAUUACUAACUGAGCCCAAACAACUCCCAGAAAAAUAUUCUCUUCCUGCAUGCCCUUCUGUGAUCCUGCCCCUCCAGAUCAUGCUGACUCCCCUUCAGAAGAGAUUCAAGUACCAUUUCAGAGGCAACCGGCAGACGAAUGUUAUCAGUAAGCCUGAAUGGUACUUAGCACAGGUGCUUAUGUGGAUUGGAAACCAUGCUCCCUUUCUGGAUGAGAAGAUUCAGCCAAUAUUGGAGAAAGCAGGCUCUGCAGUCAAUGCAAGGCUUGAGUUUUCUCGGGGCCUUAUGAUGCUCAUACUUGAGAAGUUGGCUUCCGAUAUACCUUGCCUGCUCUAUGAUGACAGUCUCUUCUGUCAUUUGGUGGAUGAGGUGCUGUUGUUUGAAAGGGAGCUGCACAGUGUUCAUGGCUAUCCCAGCACUUUUGCUAGUUGUAUGCAUAUUCUGUCAGAGGAAACCUGUUUUCAGAGAUGGUUGACUGUGGAGAGAAAAUUUGCUCUUCAAAAAAUGGACUCAAUGCUUUCAUCAGAGGCUGCCUGGGUAUCCCAGUAUAAAGAUAUCACUGAUAUGGAUGAAAUGAAGGUUCCAGACUGUGCGGAAGUUUUUAUGACUUUACUUUUGGUCAUAACUGACAGGUAUAAAAAUCUCCCCACCGCUCCUCGAAAGCUGCAGUUCCUGGAGUUACAGAAGGAUCUAGUAGAUGAUUUUAGGAUACGAUUAACACAAGUGAUGAAAGAAGAGACUAGAGCUUCACUUGACUUUCGAUACUGUGCAAUUCUUAAUGCUGUGAACUACAUCUCAACAGUACUGGCAGAUUGGGCUGACAAUGUUUUCUUCCUGCAGCUUCAACAGGCCGCACUGGAGGUCUUUGCAGAGAAUAAUUGUGCCGGGCUCACGUCAAGUCAAUAA